ACAGGUCUACAUCGACGGCCACGUUUGACCACAUGGUUUUGUUUGUAUUUUCCAGACAAGGCUCCUCUGUCCAAAGGCCUCCUGCUGGUGCUGAGCGGCUUGACGGUGAUGCUCAGCCUGCUGCCGCAGUACCAGCACAUGUUUGAGUACAACCUGCAAGCGGUCAGCCACCAACUGCAGGUGGGGCGGUUGCUGUGCGGCAGGCUGGUGUGUCUGGACGUGAAAGACUCCUUCUGCAGCGGCAUGCUCAUCUACAACUUCCGAAUCUUUGAGAGGAGGUUCGGCUCCAGGAAGUUUGCCUCCUUCCUGUUGGGUACCUGGUGCGUCUCCGCACUGCUGGACUUGCUGUUGGCUCAGGUUGUCUCUUUCCUGUUCGACGACAAGGUGGAGGAGUUGCCCGCAGGGCUGCUGGCCCCGGUCUUCGCCCUCUUUGUGCCUUUCUAUUCGUCCAUUCCGAGGGUGCCCGUCACCAAGGUGCUGGGCCUCAUCAGUAUCACCAACAAAACCUUGGUCUACAUCGUCGGACUGCAGCUGUUGACGUCCAGUCCCUUCAUGUGGCUCCUGGCGCUCAGCGGGCUGGUCUCGGGCGGUUUGUAUCACUCCAACGUCCUCUGGCUGCAGAACUUUCUCUUCGUGCCCGCUCGGCUGUGUGCCGUCGCACACUACCUCCUGGAGCCCCUCUUCUCCAGUUCUCAACCGAGCGGCGAGGCGCCUCUGGGGAUGGGCGCCACGCUGGACAUCCAGAGGCAACAGCGGAUGGACCAACUGGAUCAACAGCUGCUGCUGGCCCAGUUCAACGAGGCCCGCGCAAACUCCAGACAUCGAGCACAAUGGAGCAGGUUGUUCCCCUCCCUGAGACGCAGGAGACCGGCGCCGCCGCAGCCUCAGUCUCAGACGCAGCCCUCGGCUCCCCCGCUGCCAUCCGACAACUCGAUUGCCGAGGAGCAGGUCGCCAGGUUAGUGGAAAUGGGCUUCUCCCGGCUGGACGCCCUCGAGGCCCUCCGAGUGUCCAACAAUGACAUCAACAUGGCCACCAACUUCCUCCUGCAGCACUGAGAGCCCCGAGAGCGGGACGAGAACCAAACCGAAGCGGCGCAGCCGGAAACAAAAAGGCAGAGACGAGUUUGGGGGAAAAAAAAAAGAUGGUGGAAGAAGACGUAUUGUGUAUUGUGCUUUUGCAGGUAAUGUGAAGGCUGCGUACGGCUGAUCGCGCCUCGAAAGGAACAGUUGCAACCGACUGGGGAGGUUUGAAGCAUAAAGUUGGACGUCAUGGGGACAAAUGUACAAACGGCAAGCCUCAUGUUACAAGGGGAAAAAAAAAAUCACUGGACAAUGUGAUCAAACUAGCCUAAAAUGUCCAUCAUUUUUACAGAGGGUCCUCAGUUCACGACAGUCCCGACACACAAACUUAGGAGCGAACGCACAGCGCGCAGGGAACAAAUCUUUGCAGCGUCACGUCAAUGUUUGAGGGGGACAGGGACCGAGCCCUGCCACGAAAAGCAAAAAUCAAAAGUUUUUGUCGCCUUCCGGAAUCGCCUGUGGAAGUCAAAGCACUUUGACGCUCCUCAAGUCAUUUCGACAUAGUUCCUUGGCACCAAGAUACCAAAAAGCACGAAUCAUUUGUUAGGCAGGCCUUUGGCCUGAGCACAAAAGAAGCCAAAUUUGUUUUUCGAGGCAUAACUGAGCACGAAAAAACGCCGAAAAGCUUGAACCCUACGUUUUUCGGCGAACAACUUUUCAUUGUAGGUGUAGCAACAAGAAGGGGCGCUUGGUGACCGCUGCAAUUCUGUUUGUCAUUUCAUCGUGUUGUUUUGAUGGCCAAGAGUGUUUUUCAUCCAAAUCUUACUUGUAUUCCUGACAUAAGUACUGCAUUAGUGGAGCUUCGUCGAGGAUCGGCCCGUUGCAUCGUUACUGUAGGAGUGAAGCUCAGUCCCAAACCGAGAACCCCCCACGGCCCCCGUGCACUCCAAUGUAACCAGUGACCUUCAUGACUCUGCUGACCGUAUGCAAAAUAUCAGAUCCUCCAGGCAGAUGCGAUGCACUGUCUAUUUUUAUACAGUUUUCAUCUCACGCCGAAUUAAAAAAAAAAAAGCUUUGUUUUUAAUAUGCACUUGCUCAUAUGACGUGUCUAUAAAAUGAUUGUUUUGUUUUUGUUUUGUCUUUGAACAAGUCAGCGAGUGCAACAGAAGGCAGCAAAGCUUUGCGAGGACGCAUGUUCAUUCCGUCUUACAGGUUAGGUGGGUCAUCUCAGGUGAGACGCCCCCACCCCUACUCCCACCCCAUUGGACACAAUUUUAGCUACACUUGCACAAAAGAUUCUGUCUUCAUGAUGAAAAAAAAUCUGUUUUGUGGUUGUUUAUUUUAUCACGUUUUUGUAUAUCUGUACUGCAUCAUAGUAAGAAAAUAUAUUUUUUCUAAAACCUCCUACUAUGAUGCAGUGCAAUGCAAAAACCACCGCAAACAACCGCAUUAUUCAACAAAGAUUUUUUUUCCCCCCUCCCACUUUUUUGUCAUCAAUCUUUUCUUCUGUGAAGGCAGCUCUUGUAUCACAUUUAAUUGCAAGUGUCCCUCAAGUUGUGGCCAGUUGGUCUUGAUGAACUUGGUGUAUUUAUUUGCAUAUGUUCCAAAGCCCACUUUGAAACAGAACAAAUCCGAAAUGUUUAUUUAUUAUGCGGUAAAUACGACAGAGGCUAUACGCACAUACUGCAAUGUGUGCAUCCUGUAAAUGUUCAAAAAAGUGGCGGCCGUUAGGUGCUGUAUUCAGUCAAGGGUACCAGUUCUGUACUUUUCUGCAAAAAAAAAAAAAACAAAAAUAAAAAUCUAUUGCUUCUACAGUAUGUGACCACACUGAGCGACGCCGAUGAUUUGCUGUCAGAGUGACGAAAAAUUAUGUGGAGUAGUUGCGUGGAUUGACAAUGUAACAGAUCUAAUUUUUAUUUAUGAAAUAAAUCAACUUGCUGAUUGAA